AGUGCAAUCUACACGGAACUUUGAAUGGUAUUGACAAUUCUAAUAUUGACAUACCAAGAGAUUCUAAAGAAACACUAAAAUGUGGAUUAUUACCAAGCAAUGUAGAGGAUCAAUUAAACGGUACCUGGUAUGGUCGUAUAAUUAGUACAGAACCGCAAAAGGCCAGUAUAAUUCAUCAAUUCAUUACAAGCAAUUGUUAA